AUGACACGGACAAAGUCUUCUCCUCCCGCGUCCGGACCCUCGGCUUCUGCGACUGCGACGCGCCGACAGGCUUCCGCAAGACCUGGAAAGGCGAGAUCCCUCGCCUGUCGACAAUGUCGCGAUCGUAAAAUCCGCUGCGACGGCGCUCGCCCUGUUUGCGAUUCGUGUUCCAGACGAGGUCUUUGUGCGGAACAAUGCGUUUACCCCGAGAUUGAGCAUGAAGGGUCUAUCGCUUCGUCGCGCAGCUAUAUCCGCGCCCUCCAGAAACGGGUUCAGGAACUUGAAGAAAAGGAAAGGCAAUUGGAGCUUGUCGCUCAUGGCCGCGAUGCUUUCGCUGCUACUACGCCUGCACAUGACGAAUGGAGGAAACAUUCUACAUCUCCCAGCGUGGCAUCAGAGCGUAUGACACGACCACCGAGACCUUCUGAUCAUGCUCUUCCACCAAUUCAUGCCGAUUCUGGCUAUCCUCUACCCAGUUUUCCUAUCAGAGCUGGCUCGCUGCCUAUGGUUCAUGAACCAGCAAGCUACUACUCCCGCCCGCACCAUCCCAUGGGUGCUAGCCCGCCUUUGACCGACGAUCUUGAAGAUGCCGCUCCUGUCAAGCCUUCGUCUUUCGGCUCUUACUCUUCCAACGUCAAGGCUGCUUUGAUGCUCCAGAAGAUUACCCUUCCUCCAACAGACCUGAUGGACGAGCUUCUAGCCGAGUACUUCGCCAUUGACUGGAUCACGAUGCCUAUUGUCCACCGUCCAUCUUUCUACCAACGCUACCAUCGCCUUAUCGCUGUAGCAAACUCCCGUUAUCGUCGCGAUAUCCCUCUCGAAGAAGCAACCGAACUCGCCGCAACUUACUCCCUUUUACUCGGAAUGCUGGCAAUCGGUCAGCUAGCCAAAUCUGCGACCGCCGAAUCGAACGAGUCUCAUCUAACCCACGCCUACGAAUUCCACCAGCAAGCCAAGACGCUGCUUCUGGUCGACCUUUUAUCCGUAGCUUCUCUUCCUGUAGUGCAGGCAUUGGUUGUUCACACUCGGUUCUUACGACGGGCGGGUGCAGCUCAGGAUAGUUGGAUGAUGACAGGAAUGGCUUAUCGACUUGCAGAGGGUCUUAUGCUUCAUGUUGAUCUACCAGGAAAGGCGCAGGCGGAAAUUGAGGAGCGAAGAAGGACAUGGUGUGCUUGUGCUCUACUUGUUAGAAUGCAAAACUCUUCCGAAAGCCAAAACCCAACAUUUGGCACUUUGCCCCAGGAAAUUGACGACGAAUAUCUUGAGGUUUAUGCCAAUAACAUUAACAGGACACAGCCUUGCGAUACCCCUUCAAAGUUAUCCUUCUUCAACCAAACACUGCAACUAGCGGACAACGUUCUGCAGCCUAUUCACGAUGCCUACUUCAGCUCAACCUGCAACACCAAAGACGCUAUCCCAGACAUUCUAUCUACUGCACUCAAGCUCGAUUGUGAGUUAGAGGAAUGGCAUGCUGCUUUGCCUGAACAUCUUCAUGUGACGUUUCCUUGCACCCAGCCCGAAGCAGUCUUUCGCCGCCAAGCUACUCUACUGCGCAUGAGAUACCUUGAGGCCAAGGCAUUGAUCCCUCGGGCAGCUAUCAUGAAGCUCAUCAGCAGUAAUACAACUCAGCCAGCUUCCCUGAUCGCAAAGUCCAUGCUUGCAGGAUUAUUCGAGUCUUGUUACGCUGCAAGUGUCGAACUGGAGGAUAUCAUGGCGCGCGAAAAGAGACUGGUCACUUUCGACGGACCCCCCGAGAGCCACUCUGCCAUCGCUCUAGGCAUAAUUGGCAUGACUCUCACCAUCCUGGUUCAACACCCUCUCUUCAGAGAAACUAUCACCAACCCCGUCCUCAUAACCGACGAAGCAAGACGCUGUCUCGCCACAGCAAAGCAGUACACAAACACAAACAACCCACUAUCUGAGCGCUUCGUGCAUGCCCUCGAGUCAGCCUUGCAGCCUUCGUCCCUACGCGACGCGUUGGACCAGACCCCUGCGGAGAUGGCCUUGCUUGAGGCCUGGUAUAUGAAGAGGCAGGACCUCGUUUCUGCGUGCGGUAUGCCUGUUACGGAAAUCGUUUCUUUGUGGUGA